GACUAGCCUCCGCUGCUGGGGCUGCUCCUUCUGGGUGCCCCUUCGCCAUGCCAGGCUGGUGGGCCCUCUUGGCUGCCCCUGCCCUGCUGGCCCUGGCCUUGGCGGUGCUCUCCCUCCCUUGGCGACCCCCGAUGCCCCUCAGCCUGGCACAGGAGCUGGAGCAGAGGCAGAGGGACCUGCGGAGCCUGACACAGGAGGCUUUCCAAACCUUGCACCCAUCCGAUGCCCAUGCGGAGAGGCUGGGCUGCCAGGAGCUGAGCCGGGCCAGGACUCUGGGCUUGGUGGGCUUUGGGAUCACCAAGCUGGUGCUCAGGGCUGCCUUGCCCUCCAGAGGAGGAGGAGGAGGAGGAGGAGAGCUGGUGGUGGCCCUCAAAGCCCUCCACUGGGCUGGCUCCGACGUGGCUGCUUGCCUCCGACGUUAUGGGCACCGUGGAGGGUGCCACCGGUUGGCUACUUACAAGCUGUUGAAGGAGGAGGUGUUGCUGCAGAGUCUGGACCAUCCUGGCAUCGUCAAGCUGCUAGGUCAAUGCUCUGACAGUAACAUCAGUGGUCCUGAAAUGAAGGUGGUCACCAUGCUGGAGUUGGGAACGCCUUUGGAGAUGAUUCAACUUCUGCAAACCCCCUGGGAAGAACGAUUUAAAAUUUGCUUGGACUUGGUGGAACUUCUCUAUUACUUGGCAAAUUCUCCUCUAGGAUCCAUUGGCCUUCUGGAUUUCCAGCCCAGGCAAUUUGUUAUGGUGAAUGGGACCCUGAAAGCAACAGACUUGGAUGAUGUGACCACCACAGAAUUGUCAUGCCAGGAAGAUCAGGACUGCAUACUGGAAUUCCCCACGAAGCGCUUUGCUCUCCAAUGCACUACACAGGGGAAGUGUGAAGGUAUAAAUGAGAAAAGAAAUCUCUUCAAUGCAUACCGGUAUUUCUUCACGUACCUCUUACCACACACUGCACCCUUGACUUUGCAACCCAUUCUGAAGGACAUCUUGAAUGCCACAGGUGAUCUGCGAUAUGGAGCAAAUGAAACCUUGAGAGCAUUUCAGAAAGUUUUGCACCUGUACAAAUCUGGUCUUUAUCUACAGAAAAAAACAUCUCAUUUAAAAGAAUACAUUGCCCUAAAGCAAUUCCACAGUGCAGAUGCAGAAGACUAUAAGUGCUGGCCAUCCUACAGCCAUUUGAGAUGCAUGCUUUCUGUUCACAAUGCAGAAGAAGCCGCUGCCAUUUGCAGUUCCCAUCCACAGUGUCAGCAUUUUACCAUCACUCCGCAGAGGACAUGGACAGGACGCCCACUUGCUUUGUUUCAUAGCAACUUGUCUGACUUAAUUCCAGGUGGUCACAUGGUGGUUUAUGUUAAACAAUCUGCAGCCUCAAGAAAAAGCAUCUCCUGGGGAGCAUGAAAGAACACGGAGCCAUUUGAUGAGGGAAACAACUCAAGGAAUAGUCCACUAGGACUAGUUUCACCCCCCCACAUUCAGAGGGAUGUGUGUGUAUGUGGCAUUCAAGUUGUCUGUUGACUUAUAGUGAUCUUGGGAAUUUCAUAGGGUUUUCUUAGGCAAGGAUUACUCAGAGGUGACUUGGCCAGUUCCUUCUUCUGAAAUAUAGCUUAAAGCACCUGGCAUUCAUUGGUGGUCUAGUACACUUUAUUUCUGCCAUGAGAUGUUUCUUUCUGUGAGCUUUGACUGAAUCAAAAGGAGCCAUUUCAAUGAGAAGAGCAAACCCUGUGUGUAAGAUGCCACCCAUCCUGGAAAUACCUUCUCAAGCUGUUACCUAUUUUUACUGUCAGUUAUUAGAAAUGUGAUGAUUCGGUUUCAGCUGGCAAAAGAUUGAUGACAGCUGUAUGGAUUGCUUCUUUCUGCAUCACAAAAGCAGCUUACCAAGCCAAGGAAUGGAGAUUUUAGUGUGUUUGUGAUCUGGUUAUACCCACUCUAGAUUGGUUCCUCAGUCCAAAGAGAUGUACAGUUGCCCCUCCAUUUUCAUGGGGGAUCUGUUCCGGACACCUCCCCCCUGCAAAAAUGGCAUUGGCUUGAAAUUCGCCUAUAUUCAUACCCCAUUUUAUCCCCUUCCAUUUGACGCCCACAAAUGGAUGAAGGACAUGGACUUCAAGUUCGCAAAAAUUUUACCUCCUUCUGGGUUCUGUGUGCAAGGGCACUUAGAACUGAAUAUUGGAAAACCAAUCACAAUUUAAGUCCCAAUACACACACCACAGAUUUAACAACAAUUCGAAAAUUAUAUAAUAAAGUGCAAUAACAUCCAAAAUCCACAAAACAAUGAUGCCUUUAUUGGGACAACCUAAAAGCACAAAAUACUUGAUGCAAGCAUUUGAAGCUCCACUGGCUUCUUCAUUAGGCAAAGGUGUUAAAAAUUAAUGUACUUUGGUAUAUAACCAACAUGGCUACCACUGAAUAUGUUAACUGUAUAAUAAAUUUGACACAUAGCAAUAGCAGCUUCAUUUAUAUGCUGCUUCAUACCACCUAAGCAGUCUCUAAGUGGUUUACAACUGUAAGCUUAUUAAAAAUCCUGUUAUCUUAUUUAAAGAAAAAAGAGCCUAAUCCUUAGCCCCAGCAACUUCAGCUCUUCUCUUCUCUAGCUCUUCCUCUCUUUCUGAACUUACCAAAUAAGAACAGGUCCUAGACCAAACAAAUAAUGUAUACGGGUUUCACAUGUAUGCAUGGAUGUAGGCUUGCAUGGAUAUAUCUUUAACGGGAUGUUUCAGUUCAUCUACCACAGCUCCUGUGUCCAUUAAGAUAUAGGGUGCAUCUACACCGUAGAAAUAAUGUAGUUUGAUACCACUUUAAGUGAUGUAGCUCCAUCCUUUGGAAUUUAGGGAUUUGAAAUUUUACAAAGUC